UUAUUAUUUUCCCUACAAAUUUAUUUAAUUUUUAAAAUAAAACUUGCUUUGCAAUUAUUGGAAAUAUUAUUGUGUCAAAGGUGGAAAAUUAAGCAUCGCUGCAUUAUUCUUUAUUUCCUGCAUUAAUAUACAUCAGCAACAAAAUGAGUAAAUCAGAUACAACACGUUUAAAUUCGUACAAAUCGAACUCGAUUAACUCACAGGAUUCUCGCAUGCGUCGCCAUGAAGUUACUGUGGAGUUGCGCAAAUCAAAGAAAGAGGAUCAACUUUUCAAACGUCGCAACAUCAACGAAGAGGAUAUUGUAUCUCCUCUGAAAGAGAAUAAUAGCCAAUCGCCCGUGCAAAUGAGCAUCGACGAAAUGGUUGCCGCUAUGAAUGGUCAAGAUGUCGAUCGUCAAUUCGUAGGCAUGCAAUCAGCACGUAAAAUGCUAAGUCGCGAACGUAAUCCGCCUAUUGAUUUGAUGAUAGGACAUGGCAUUGUUCCCAUUUGCAUACGUUUUCUACAAAAUCACGAGAAUCCUUUGCUACAAUUUGAAGCUGCCUGGGCGCUUACCAACAUCGCUUCUGGCACUUCGGAGCAAACACGUUGCGUUAUCGAGCAAAAUGCUGUGCCACAUUUUGUUGCGUUGUUGAAAUCCAAGUCCAUUAAUCUUGCCGAGCAGGCGGUUUGGGCUCUGGGUAACAUAGCCGGAGACGGAGCAGCCGCACGUGACAUCGUCAUACAACAUAAUGUUGUGGAUGGUAUACUUGGUUUGAUAAAUUUUGAAACACCACUUUCCUUCUUGCGCAACAUUGUUUGGUUGAUGUCGAAUUUGUGUCGCAACAAAAAUCCAUCACCACCAUUUGAAGAAAUUAAACGUUUGUUGCCCGUGAUAUCGCAAUUACUGUUAGGUGAUGAUUCACAAGUGUUAGCUGAUGCUUGUUGGGCACUCUCAUAUGUGACGGAUGAUGAAAAUUUGAAAAUCCAAGCGGUCGUCGACACAGGCGCAGUGACGCAUCUAGUAAAACUGCUUGGUACUGACGAGCCUUCUAUAAUUGUGCCAGCACUACGCAGCGUGGGAAAUAUCGUAACCGGCACUGAUCUGCAGACGGACGCAGUCAUUGCUGCUGGCGGUUUACCCCGAUUGGGUGUUCUGUUGCAACAUUCAAAAUGUAAUAUUGUAAAGGAGGCCGCCUGGACGGUUAGUAAUAUCACAGCCGGAAAUCCGAAGCAGAUUCAGGCCGUUAUCGAUGCUGGUCUUUUCACACCUAUACGAAAUGUGUUGGAGAAGGGCGAUUUCAAAUCGCAAAAAGAAGCCGCUUGGGCCGUUACAAAUACCACAACGAGUGGCACACCCGAACAAAUAAUCGAUCUGAUUGAAAAAUAUCAAAUAUUGAAGCCAUUCUGUGAUUUACUCGACGCCAAGGAUCCGCGCACCGUUAAAGUGGUACUCAUGGGACUCGGUAAUUUGUUUGUUUUGGCCGAAAAGUUGGGCGGCACCGAGAAUCUAUGCCUGAUGGUCGAGGAGAUGGGCGGUUUGGAUAAACUGGAGAAGCUGCAGGAGCACGAAAACGAGGAAAUAUACAAGAAGGCCUUCGCACUGGUGGAUACAUACUUCAAUAGCGGCGAGGAUGCUGAAGCGGAGCUGGCGCCACAAGAGGUUAAUGGUGCGCUCGAAUUUAAUGCGGGCCAUUCGAAUGCACCCGAGGGUGGUUACACGUUUUAGUUGCCUGGACGUCACACCAGCGUAAGGUGUAUUGUGUGGUGUGCGUGUGUGCAACCUGCCAGCCGGCUGAAUCAUUGUGUAAAGUGUUUGUAUGUGUGCUGUAUUGUUCAUCGCAUAUUUGUGCAGCGCAUUACUUGUUAUUGCAUAUAAUCUUCGGUUUUUGUUUUUCCUUCAAUACAAGUAACACAUGCGAGCACAAGGAAUCAUAAACGUUCCUAAUGAUUCUUGCAGCUGCUUGUAUUGUCACACGCAUCUCCAUAAUUUGUAAUUAAGUUUUUAUGCCCCUUUGCUUACCAAAUCCCCACCGUCGCCAUGCAUGCUCUCAUCAAUUCGAUUUACAUUUUAUAUUCAUUUUUAAUAGUUACGCGCACAUACUAAUUUUAUUCAGAUUUUUUAUUUCUUUUUCUUUUUAACACAUUUGUAAGUCUGAUUAAAGUUUGUAUGAAUACAUAUGAUAUAUAUUUUUUAAACAAAUUUCACUUUUAUUCCAUUAAGAUAUAUAUUUUUUUAUUAAUCAUUUAAGUUUGCAUUGAACAUUAUGGUUAUUGUGCCAAAUAUUGGGUUGAACUGGCACAUAAUAUUGUAAAAUUACAUUUGUAUUAACGCACAUGCAUCUAAUAAAUCAUUUAGCAGGAAAUAUAUAACAAAA